UUUCUCUUCCCGCUUUUGAAGAGAAGCUGCCGAGUCAGCGUACGCUGCGGUGAAGUUCUACAAGAUGCGGCCCUCAGGAACCGGUUGACGUGAGGGAAAUGCUUUCUGACCGCCUGCGCGGUGAGGGGACGUUUUUCACCUUUUAGCUCCUUCUGCACGACAAGAGGGAGACGGAAGGUGUCCUACUGAGCACUAGCACAAAGCCAAGAGCGUUGCUCAGCAGCACCAACCGCGUCUGCCAGGAAUUAAUCUUCAACAUGAACCAGGGGCAGCAGAAGGCAAUCACCAGCACCACAGACAGCAAAGGAGAAGUCUGCAAGAUCCCGUAAGGCUGGAAUAGACUGUUGGCAUCUGCUCUCCACGGCAAAAGUGGAGGAGAGCGUAGAGGGAAAAGAAAUGAAAGUCAUUGACAGUGAAAAAUGCGUGGCGAAACACAGGAGGUUCUGACACAAGAAGACCCUCCCAGGAGCAAGCCAUGACUUCUGGAGCCAGCAUCUCUGGCCCGGGAUGAACGCUUGCCCAUUGCCGUGCGGCCACUUGGGGUGCAAAACUGGGGUUUGAGAGGGGCUGUUGCCCCCCGGUGUCUUGCUCUGCCUGGAGAUGUCUCUGCAGAGGUCCCUGGACAGGACGCCUCUUCCUCAGUCAGCGCUGGCAAAGGCCGUCUGGGGACACGCUCCGUCCUCUGGAACUCUUCCUUGUGUGACUCGCAGCUCACGUGUGACAGCGCUGCUCCAAACUUGGCCAUCUCCAAGGACCGGCUUUCUUUGGGAUGUGGGGUUCACUCUCAGAGGAAUCAUGGCAGCCCUGCUUUCUGUGUUGGGGUCUCCCUUUCAGCUAUGGAGCAGCUUCAGUUCGCAGUGCAAAAGGAUCUUGCAAUGGCUGUGUAGCUAGCAGCAGCGUUUCUGAAGCAUCAGAGGAGAUGUCAGAGCCAUGAGGCUGAGGGACGGGACUCCCAGCACAAGAUUGCCCGUGUUUCAAAAGGGAGGCAGCCGUGCCAGCUGGAGAACCUCUCUCGCAGCUCCAUCCCCAGCAAAGAGCUGUCUCUAGAGCAGUUCGUGCUGCUUACAGGCAAGAUCAGCCUUUGCAUUUGAACCACCUUCUUGCAGAGGUGACAGGAAACAUCCUCUGGUUUAUGUCGUUCCAGCUGCAAAGGCCAGAGCAGUGUUCUUGAGGGAGCAAGCGAUGAGCACAUUUCCUGGUCAGCAGCCGCUGGCUCGUGCCAACGGUCAAGAGAGGCAGAAGAAAUCCCUUCAGAACAGCUCCCUGUCAAAAGACACCCUUCUGCUUGAUGAACCGCAGGGAAAGGCAUCCUAAACCAGGCACUUUGACCUUGUUUUCAGCCCAGGUUCCCAGUGCUGGUGCACUCGUGAGCCAGUCGCUGCACAUCUGCCGCCAAGGGGAAUCGCCUCCGAGGCCAACUGUGCCAUGGGGAAAGGAAAGGGUGAGACGUCGGGAGAGUUUCAUUUAGUGCACAACACGGAUAAAGCCAUUCUUUCUGCAAUUAAAACUGAGGGUAUUUAAUUGAGUGAAAUGAGAUUUCAUUCCCCAUGACCUGUCUGAUUGUACUUUGAAUCUGGGCACGGGCUGCAGUGACCUGCCACAACAUUUGAGGUGUCACCAGCUGCAUUGUAGGUGGUAAAGUGGGAAAGGCAGGAGGGAGCCUCAGCAUCUCCCAUCCCGUGGGUGACUUCAUCACAAAGGACCAGGGCGGCGCCCGCUGGCUCCUGGGGCGGCUGUUGCCAGGCAACAGAGACACUAUAUUGUCCCCUGUCACCUGUGCCCCUCGCCCAUUUGGUCACUGGCCGUGGUGGGAUCACUUGCCGUGGUGGGAUCACUGUGGUGGUGGACUCAUUUUGGCAGUUGGAUCGCUUUCGUGGUGGGAUCGCUAUUGGUGGUUGCACCACUUUUGGUGGUAGGAUCGCUACUGGUGGUUGAACCACUUCUGGUGGUUGAACUGCUGUUGGUGGUUUUAUCACUUUCGGAACUUGGAUCUGUUUGGCGACUGGAUCACUUUCAUCACUUGGAUUGCUUUUGGCACUUGGAUCUGUUUGGUGACUGGAUCACUUUCUGUGGCAAGAAGGAGGAGGAGAAAGGCUGCUGGCUGCCCAUCCCUCCAACAUCAUCUCCGGACAGAAGAGCUCCCGUCUUCCCACAUCCAGUUCAGUGUUUUCGGGCAGAGCAGCAGCGAUGGCCACACGUGGACUGCUGGAGAUGCUGAACGCCGCCAUGGGGACACCCCAUUUGGGGGUUGUCGACUUGGUGGCACUGCACAAAUUGCUUGAGGCCAUCAUCGGGCAGCUGGGCCAGCAGGAGCUGUCUGUCCUGGAGCCAGAGCAGAGCCCGACCCCUGGCCUGGCAAAGGAUCAGGACAGCAAGGCCCAGCCUGGCCAGGAGAAGGAGGAGGACGGAGCCCUGGGCACAGGGCAGCACCUCUGGAAACCAAAGCAGCAGCUGGAUGAGAAGGACACGCUGGAGGGGACCGGGAGCAACUCCAAGGUCUCCUCCGUGGCCAAGGAGGCCAUGCCAAAAACAACGGAAGAGGAGAAGAGAGAUGUCCCCAAGAAAAGGGCUUCGCUCCAGGACCUGUGGGAGGAGAUCAGCAAGUUUAAGGAGGCGCAGUCCAGCCUGGAACAGGACGUGCGGGAGAUGAAGGAGGCCAUGCAGGAGGCGCAUUCUGGCCUGGAACAGGACAUCCAGGAGGUGAAGGAGGCACAUGUCGGCCUGGCAGAGGACAUGCAUGCCCUGCAGGAGGCGCAUUCCGGCCUGGCGGAGGACAUCCAGGAGAUCCAGGAGACGCUUGGCCUGGAGGGUGGUGGGGGCCAGUCUGCCCCCGCUGAGCCCACCCAGGUGGCCAUGGACAGCCAGGCCAGGAGGAGCUCAGCACUGGAGCCAAAGGGACGUGGGACACAGCCUGGGAUGGAGACCGGCAAGGGGACUGCAGGGUCUGGCUCCCCGGGGAUGCAAGCAGGGAUACAGGGGCAACCAGCGACCCCUGUGAAGUUGUCAGGCGCUCCCUCCAUUCACAAGAGGUCUAUUGGUGCCAACGCCACCACCCCGGGGAUGCAGCCAGGAUCCCCGGGCACCCAGGCCAGCACCUCCCUGGGGACACAACCAGGGGCCCCUGAUGCCCAGGCCAGCACCGCGGGGAUGCAGGCAGGAUCCCCUGGGAUCCACACCACCACCCCUGGGGUGCAGCCUGGGUCCUCCAGCUCCAAAGCCACCAUCCCAGGGGAUGCCCAAGAGCCGGCCAAGCCCUGGGGCUCCACCAGCACCUCAAGCUACGAGUCGGAGAUGCGGGAGGUGCUGUCACAGGUUGGGCAGCUCGGCCAGCUCUGCGCUGGUCUGAAGGAACAGGUGGAGCAGCUUAAAUCUACAAAAGCAGAAAGCACAGAUCUUGAGGACGUGCGCCGGCUCUUCCCAAAGGGAGGCCGGCAGAGCAUCACCAGCAUCCUGGCCGACCUCAGGUGCCAGGUGUCCUUCCUGCAGGACAUGGCCAGGGCCCUCCACGGGGAGAAGGAGAAGAUCAGCAAGGUGGAGGAUGCUCCCAGAAAGACGAGGGGGUCUGGAGCCGGUAGGAAAGCAGACGGCAGUGGCCAGAUGACCCAACAGCCACGGCCCAAGGGACAGAAGGUCAAGGCAGAGCGCAAGGAGCUGGGGAAGCAGCAGGAGCCAACCCAGGCCGAGCUGGAGCAGUUUGCGGCCAAGUACGUGAAUAAGUUGGUGAUGGAGACAGCGCAGCAGCUGCAGGCAGAGCAGGUGGACGAGCCGAGGACGACGGCGCAGAGCGGGGGACACGAACACGCAGGGUGCCACGUCUGCAGCCCGGACACCAGGGUGCUGCUGGGGAAGCUCCUUCAGCGCUGCGAGAAGCUCGAGGAGCAGGUGGAGUCCCUGGUCCAGAAGGCGGGCAGCAAGGUGGAGAGUCAUCCGAAGUGGAGGAGACAGUCCCUGCAGCAGGACGAGCAACUCAAGUGCCUCCAGGCCAGCAUCAUGCAGCUACAAAAGGACUAUGAGAAGUUGAGCUCGGCCCUUGCAAACCUCCAGCAGGAUCGUCAGCAGAAGCAGAAUGACAUCAAGGCUCUGUCCCAGGCCCUGGGGAGGCUGGAGAAGAAGCAAGCAGACAAGGAGGAGAUGCUGGUGCUGGGAAUCGAUGAGAAAGCAGACAAAGCCGCCCUGGCUGACAAAGUCAGUCGCAGCCAGCUUGAGGCGUGCGAGGAGCGGCUGACCAAGAUGAUGGACGAGGUGACGAGCCAGGUGACGGGCCAGGAGAAGGGCUGGCACCAGUUCCAGCGAGAGCUGCAGAGACAGAUGGACUGCAAGCUGGACCGCCGGGAGCUGGGGGCGUUCCGGCAGCAGCAGGAGGAGCGGUGGAAGAGCCUCAGCGGGCAGCUCCAGGAGAAGGCGCUGCAGGCAGAGCGUGACGAUGCCGCUGGGAUUAGGAAGCAGCUGCUGCCCGGUUUCCAUUGCCUGUCCUGCGACCGGCCCCUCAACAUGCUGGCACCUGGACCGGAGCGGACGGGCGAGUGUAGAUACCCCACUGUUCCGCGGAGCUGCGGGGGCCCACACACCGUCACGCCCCCGCGCUUCCAGCCCAAACCGCCCAGCACCCCACGGCCAUCCAAACCCAGUGCCCGCAGCCCCAACAAGAAGGACGCGAUGCAGCUGUCGGGCCAGGACGGCACUGAUGGGAACCAGCAGGACGAGCAGCUCUCCAUGAUGGGGGGCUCUGAGCUGCCCACAAUGCCAAGGGCCACCCCAGACACCCCGACCUCCAGGAACCGGCCAAGCACCCGCUCCUCGCUGAGAUCAGCCGUGCUGCAGCACCUACCAGUCUCGUCUCCCAGACGCUUCACCCUGGCACCGCAGCUGCUGCCGCCCAUCCCGCCCCCCCGCCGUGAACCAACCCCCUGACAGCCGGGCAGGACGGGGUCCCGGCCCCGGUCCCACCGCCCCGGGCACUGAGCAGGCAGCGGCUGCAAUAAAUGGCGAUGGGAAACCAA